GUUCUUAGCAAAGUUAUUACUUAGGAGUUAAUGCAAGCUAAGUGAGAGUAUGAAAUUUGCAUAGUCAAACUUUAUUUGAAUGCCUUAUUUAAAUACGUGCUUCAUAUAAGUGUGUUCUCUAUGGAAUUUGCCACACGCAACGCUCUUUGUUCUCAACCUGAUCUUUCGUCCGAAGAGCUGGUUGCCAAAGUUAAUUUCUGAACAGUGUGAUUUGCUUCUAAAGAAGAGAUAUUUAUAUAUCUUGGGUUCAGGUAUCAAGCAGCUGUAGCCGGAAUAUAAACAAGUAAGGGUUUUUUGACGGAUAAAAGUGAAUGGUGAUGUAUUAAUCCUUGCAACACACAAUAAGAUGGCAAGGAUUUCCAUUUGCUGUUUUUGCUGGCCUUGUGGGAAACUAUGGAAGUGCCUUGGAUUCAAGCCAAUACCCCGUUCUAAGAUAACACGCUCCAUAUAUGCCAUAUACUUAUUGACUUUGACGAUCAUAUCAAUAAUACUUCUAACUCCAAAAGCGAUGGCUGCUAUACUAACACAACGAGUAUGUGCGAGACUUGGACACAAAACAUGCGAGAUUCUUCAUGGACCAGCUCCAGUCUACAGGAUAUUUAUGGCAAUUAGCGGUGUGCAUCUGCUUAUGUCAAUACUGCUUAUUGGUGUAACACACGCGAACCAGAGAAGAUCGUAUUUGCAAAACCAUUUCUGGAUUUUGAAGAUUGGCGUUAUCUUGGCUUGCACGAUUGCUUUCAUCUUUUACCCGAAAACUUCUUACACUGGCGAGAUCUGGCACUUCUUUGGACUUAAUUCCGCCUUUGCUUACAUCAUUCUACAAUUUAUUCUUCUUGUAGACAUCGUGCAUGCAUUCAAUACUCGAAUUGUCAGGCUAAUAGAGGCGAGUGAUUCAGUUUCGCGCUCAGUUCAUCUGUAUCUUAUACUUUGGGUUCCAACGACACUACUUUAUAUAAUGUCAAUAAUUGCAACAAUUAUGCUUCUUAAAACCUAUGGCUUGAGACAGGAGUGCAGUAACAAUACGUUUUUCAUUUCCUUCCAUGUCUACAUGUGCCUCUCAGCAACAUUCAUCUCAAUAAACCCUAUAGUGCAAAAAGCUCGUCCGAAAUCUGGAUUACUUCAGUCAUCCGUCGUGACGUCAUAUAGUACCUACAUACUGUGGAUCACACUGUCAAAUGAGCCAGACGAACGCUGCAAUUUAAACAGGGAAUACAUCUACCCGAUGGAUCCUUUGAAAAAUGUACAGAUAAUAGUAGGACUGGUUCUUACUCUAACGAUUCUUUUCAUAUUUUGCAUUAGAAAAGUGAAUUUUCCUCAGUACGGAAACACAGUUCCGCCUCAGCUGGAGUCGCUGCUGCAGGAAUCGCUUGAAGCAGCGGAUUAUUCAAAUGACAACAGUGGAUCUGUUGUAGAAGAUGAAGCAUACGGAGUUGAAUGCAGCUACUCCUUCUUCCACGCGGUGAUGUGCCUUGCUGCAUUGUACAUUAUGAUGACAUUGACAUGUUGGUAUAGGCCGGAAGAGGGGGAGCACCACUCCGUCAAGCUCAUAGCUGGAUGGGGGGCAAUCUGGAUCAAACUAUGCAGCGGAAUAUUCAGUGUUUUCACGUACAUCUGGACAUUAAUCGCGCCAGUGAUUUUCCCAAGAUCGUACAAGGACCUUGUAUUCUAUGAUUUACUGUUUGCUAUAACAUAAUUAACAAUCAUAAAAUGUCAUUUUUUAAAUAAAUAUCUGAAUAUGAAUCUUACCAAUACAAUCAUUUUGCGGAUACAGGAAAAAUAGAAUCAAAUCGUUUUUUUCUAAUGAUAUAAUUCUUUUUAAAUUCAUAUAAACAUUAAAAUACACAUAGAAAAUGUUUGCCACUAUAUUACCUCGAGAAGUAUUGAGUAAGCAUAUUCAGGUAGUCAUCACCAUGAUCAUUAGAUUCUAAAUACAUCUGCUUAUUAUGCAUUUUGGAGGGCUAUUAAAGGGAAGUAGCAUGGAAUUGAAAUAGGGAGGAUCGUGGCAAUGUGGGGUUACAUUUACCAAGCAUGUAGAAGGCGGAGCAAUACCACACUGAUCUAUUCCGACAGGAGUCCCUGAUGUCAACUGACAACGAGUAAUUUUGAAGACAGUAACGUUUCUCAAACAACAUUUUUAUUGUUUUCAGAUGUUUUCAUGUUUUCAGAAGUCAACAUGACAUCCCAAAAAUGGAAUUCUUAAAAGACGUUUUGUAACAAAUAGAGGAAAUUAUUCAUAUCUAUUCGCUAAAGGUUGCCAUCAAAUUACACAAGAUGAAAGCCAUACAAUAAAAUGUCAGGCUACAAUACUUAAAGGGCGCAUGUCCUAGGUGCACCCAGGCACUAAUGUCCCACAGAAAGCUUUCUGCUUUGGAUAGCUUACUUGGAGAGCUAAAGCAAGAAGCGGAGACUAUAUAAUGGAACGAGGAGGCAAAAGGUUAACUGGGGGCUAAUCAUGCUAAAAACCAAAAAUAAGGGCAAUUUUUGUAUGUUUUUAGUACAUUUUGACUAAGCUUCCUCGUCUCCCCGUUUCGCAGUCCCUGUUCUCGAUAUAAUGCUACUAAAAAGACUAGCUAAACAGAGACUUGCCACGCAACAGAUUGGAAGAAUAAGAGAUGAUUUUAAUGUUAUAUCAGAAGCAUAGCAAAGCUAGUAAACAAAUUGGCUAACAAACUGAAGAAGAUAAAAGUUUGUUAUCACUUCUAUUUCUUCUAGAGCGAUCUGGAAGAAACUUGAUUUCGCAUAAGAAAAACUCGUCCCCAUAUUUAUCAUUGCUGUAAAGCGUGUUUUGACAGAGCAGCAAAUACUGCUCCCUUGCUUUGAAUGUUCUAAACGUUAAACAUGCCGACCGUCUACUGCUUAGCACAAUCUUUUCACCGAUAUCUGUGUACAAGAUGUAGCCUUGCUUUCUGGCCGGUCCUAGUUUUUUCUUUACUUUGACCAAGCAUAAUCCCAAUUCCUCGAAAACUGCACUUGCCUCAUAAGGAACGAUAUGUUUGAAAUUCUUGCGAUGCCAAGAUCGAAUAUCGUAGUUGUAGACAACAAAUUCCACGCAUGAAACUUGCUUCACUCCAUUAACUCGUAUUAAGCCUUUGCUCGAUUUCACUUGCAUUCUCACUGUUGAACUCACGCACUCAGAAAUUUCGCGACAAUGAUGGGUAGCAGUCGAAUGUACAACACUGGGCAUGUGCUCUAGUUGAUGCAUAGCAAUAAAUACAAUCCGCCAGAAGUGUUUAACUAACAUCUCUUUGAACGGCUUUCCACCAAAGUACUUUGAUAGCCAAUAGUGAUUUCGAUUCAAGUUGACAUUGAAGAGAUUGGGGUUUUCAAAUGUGCGAGAACAAAGCAUUUUCCAAACGAUGUUAUUAAAACUAAGUAUUUCUUGCAGUCUUGCAGGUUUUUGCAAACGAUAAAAUAUCUUCGACACAUAAAAAGCGAAAAAUAUCAUAGAUCCAAAUACUUAACGGGAUUUUGAAUAGAUCUUUAUCUCUUUGAAUGCUUUCCUCGCCAAGUCCAUCGCAGUCCACCGAGUUAAAGAUAGCUUCCAUCAUACUCAGCUUAUGCUUGGCAAAAGUAAUUCCCUCUCCGACUUCGUAUACUGGAUGCCUUUUGUACCAAAAAAGAACAAACGGGUUACUGAUAUCUUCCCGUGAGUGCGGAAUGAAUAUCCUGUAAAGUUUAGAAGGCGAAUUUUCUGACGAAGAAUUGAGCAUUUCACACGGCAAUUUCAAACAGAAGCAGUUCGAAAGUGUUCGAAUUAAAAGUUCGACAAACGACAAAUCUAUCGCUUUUAGUCUCUAUACUAUUUGAUUUUUCGAAAAAGCACUCUGGGGAAUUUAAUGUAAUUUGAUGUGUAAUUUUGACCAAAAUUUAGUACGAAUUUAUUUGAAAUUAUCUACCCAUCAUUAUGAAACAUUCGAAACGGAACCGAGGCCAACAAAAUGGCAGCG